UUGACGUUUUGAUUUGUUGGAAGCCACACAGUGGUUGGGCAACUCACCCAGUCAGAUGGGCGGCAUAUAAAAAUUUUGUUGUUGUUAUUGUUGGUAUGUAACUGGAUCCCACCAGAAAAUAGCAGCAGUCUAGAAGUGCCCUUAAUUGUACCUAGUUUAGUUGUGCAUUGAGUCUUCCUGGAGAUGUUAUAAAUUUUCUUUAUUCUUUAUGUCUGCCUUCACAGGCAAUUUUCAAGGAAAAUGGACAGGACUGACAGCCUGCUGAUUAUUAUUGUUAAUAAAAGCAGAAGAGCUUUACACUGGGCUUCUUCAAGGGUUUUCUCAGUCUAAACCCAGAGCUAGUUGUAUUUUAGCCAAUGGCAGGUUAGAAUGUUAAAUAUACCUAUUAGCAGGGCUUUUUUCAGUUGGAACUCACCGGAAUUGCCAUUAUAAGAGAACAAGACAGGUGUUCAUGGUGAGUUCUGGCACCUCAUUUAUAGAAAAAUAGCACUGCCUAUUAGAUUUACCGAUGACACAAAAUGCAAAGGAGGGGAAUUAGAAUUCAGUAUAAUGUUGACAAACUUGAGAUUGUGGGGUUGAACACCGCAAGAUGAAAUUCAAUAAACACAAGAGUUCAUUCUGACUUGGCCAGGUGACAACUUAGGAAAAUAAAGGGAUAUUUCUAUUUGUCCAGGUUAGCCUGGGACAAAGCUUGCUUCUAUGAAAGCUUGUAAGGGAGCUCUCUAAAUUCAUUACCUUGACUUAUGAGAUGUUUAUGAAAUUCUUACUUUAUUUAUGCAUAGAGCCCCUCCGAAUGCUAUGUCUCAUCAAAUCCUAAUAAUAAUAACAAUAAUAAUAAUAAUAAUAAAUCCCACAUCAAUAUGACUGGUUUUACUAUUUAUGUAGGGUUGCCAUACGUAUGGGAAUUCCUGAACAUGUCCUCUUUUGGGUGUCCUACAUGCCCACCCAGGAGAAAUUUUACGUUUUAAAGCAAAUGGAUUUGGGUCGGUGGCUCUGGCGGAGGGGCUAUUGGCCGAUUGCCUUAAAAAAGCUCAACAACUUUUUGUGUCUGCAUUUUUACCUCUUGAAAUAUGGCAACCCUAAUUUCCGUAUUAAGUCUGACUUUUUCAGGGUGGGUAACUACAUUCUUUUAGGUGGUUUAUCUUUCAAACAAACCCAUGAGGCAGGCCUCUAUCUUUGCUAGUUACAGGUGGAGCAAUGUCUUAUUCAUACCCCAUACCCCAUAUCCUCACUCCUUCGUCAACCAAGCCAGACGGGGUACAAAUGAUAUAAUAAUUGUUGUUAUUAUUGUUAUUAUUAUUAGCUGCAGGGUGUAAGUUUCCCCCAGUCUCCGACUGGCUUCCAAACAGCUGGAGCCUUUUGAUAAGAUUUAUUGGCAGCCACCUGCUAACAGCUGCCUUGCAACACCUGGCUGUGUUCUAACUGAAAGGGAGGAACAGCUGCAGAAGAAUCUAGCAGGUGGAAAGGCUGGCUUGUCUUUCUCUUUCCUCCUGGCAUCAAAAGACACCCAGUGGAUGGGAACAGAUGGAGUUUUCAUUCCCAUGACUUCAUCCGUGUGGUCCUGCCCUGCAAGGAAAAGGAGAGCGAGAGCGAGAGAAACAGCUUGGUUGCAUCACUCUGCUGGGAACAGGGGCCAGGGCAAUGACUUGAGAGCUCAAGAAUGAAGCACAGAUUUCACACAAGCGUGGAGAGGAGAGUUGAUUUCGUUUCUCCUCUCCCCCCUUCCCUUCUUCAUGGUAGUUCUACAUCUAUAUCCCAUCAGUAAAUUCCCAGCAUUUCACUAAAACCUGACCCUAAAAGAAUGAGGAGCUGACGUCCCAGGCAAAACAGUCCUGUACAUCCACCUAAGAGUGGAAUAUCGACUGCUGCCCAUCUGAAGGUCUGCAGCUUCAUCUUUGCCUUGUUCUUGAGGAGCUUUUGCCAAGGCCUAAAUCCAGGAGUCUUGUCUCUAUAGAAACUACCAGUGUGCUUGUGUGCCGGAAGAUGGCUGGACCCCUCCUUUCCAGCUGUCCACUUCGAUUACUAGCCAUGGGGCUGCUAGCAAUGACUUUUUGUGCCAGCUCUAUGGAAACCGAAAAACAUGGAAACAGGAGGAGUCAGGAGAAGAAAUCCGGAUGGAAUGACUCUCUCGCGGGACAAAAAACAAGCAGCCCUCCCUUGUCAUCAUCCAAUGACCCGGAAACUGCUGCAGGAAAGAUUCGCAGGGAUGAAUCCCGGGCUGCUUGGAUGCUUCUUAUGAACAACGGGGUGAACAAUAAAAAAAGAAGCAAAAAUAAAGCCAAAAAGUUCAAGUUUGGCAUUCCAGGACCCCCUGGUCCACCAGGACCCCCUGGAGCCUUAAUCACCCAGGAGGAGCUGCUGAGAGAAUUCAGAUUGCUGCUUAAAGGUGUGAUCAGGGAACGGGAAAGGAUCAGUCAGAAAGCCUGUGACAACUGCCAAGAAGACGACGACGACAGGUCCAGAGAAGAUAACUUUCUGGCCCAGAUUAGUGGACCACUUCUAGAAAGCAGGGAGCAUGGGCGAGUGCAGGCAGCUUUCCAUUGUCGGACCCGGAGAAACAUUUCAAUUGAACGGCGGUCGUUGCAAGAACUUCAGUUCUAUUACAUACCUAAAAAAGAAGAGAUGUUCCACCGUGGCCUAGGGCUAAACCUUAACAAUGGACAAUACAUAGCACCUUUCAGUGGAUACUACAUCUUCACUGCCACGUUGCAUAUUGUUCCAGAGGUUCAGCUAAAGAAGAACCAGCCCCGCACCCGCGAACGCCUGCGCUUGCUGAUCUGCGUCGAGUCCCUCUGCCGACAGAACAUUUCUCUGGAAACAGUGAGCAGGUUGGACAGAAACAACGAACAUUUCACAAUUUCAAUCCAUGGAAUUCUAUUCCUGCAGGCUGGCCAGUAUGCUUCAGUUUUUGUAGACAAUGCAACAGGAUCCACCCUCACUGUUCGAAGUGGGUCUGACUUUGGUGCUGUCCUCUUGGGCAUUUGAUCGGCCCACAUUCAACUAUUCUGAAGGUGAACCCUUGCUUUUCAUAUGCUACAUUUCUCUCAUUCAAUCAAGUGCCUGGAGCUGGUAAGCACCAGAACAAAGCACAAUAGCUGUUGAUGCAAAGCUAGCAAACCUCCACUGCUGUUUACUGGUUAAGCAUACCAAGGUGAAGAAUUGGAUUUGAGAAAAAUGGCCCAGCAUCUAGUAAAACUGAUUAAAAGGAUGCUGAACCAACUUAUAAAAGGAAGCAUCAAGUGUUAACGGGGUUGAUGCAACUCACCUAGGAGUUCCUCCUAUUCCUGAAUGUCUGUUGUUUGAUGCUUAAAAUUAUGCAAUCUGUUUGCAGUGGUUCUCAAAAACUAGGUUCUUCAUGGAAGCAUACAUGCUGUUUUGUGCUCAACAGAAAAGCCUUAGCAAAGGAUUAUAUAUUUUUUGGAAUAUCUUUUACUAUCUCAUUGGUUCAUAGGUCUUCUAAGUUAAAAGUGCUAACUUUUGUUGAUUUUCUGCCUGUCUGGUGACUUCCUCAACCACAAACAGAAUUUGCCUAUUGCUUUGUGCUGCAUGGUGCCCAAUAUCCAUUGCUAACUUUCAAUUAACGGUGGGUAGAUUGGCUACCAUAUUUAGAGCAGGGUUUUAAAAAGAAAGAGAAGAGAUGGUAGGCUAUUUAUUGAGCCCACUGUUAGCCAGAGGCUUUCUAUUGCCUUAGGUCAAUUAGAUUGCACUGCCCGUUUAGCAUGAAGCCCAAUGGACAGAGUGCCCAGCUUUAGUGCCACUUAUUUUGAACCUAACUACGUGACGAGGGAAGAGAUGGUUAUUUCCAUUUCUUAGUAACUGUCCUUAUUUUCUCUGAGGCUGUGUACACCCUAAAGUACGAUAUCCAAGAAUUGCGAAUGCAGCACCACCCUCUUCUACUAUUACUGUAACCUUGGGCACGUAGGCAGGCAUUAGAAUCGCUCCUGUGUGUGUUUUUUAAGUGUGUGGGAUGAACACAUACCCUUAUCUAUUUUAGCCUGAGAAGUUACUUGUGUAACAGGUUGCCCCAGCUGCUCUAUUUUAUAUAAUCAGUCCCUGCAAGUCAUCGUGGAAAUUUUCAUAAGGGAGUACCACCUCUGCUUCAACAAGAUUUGUUUCUUCGAUAAUUUCUUACAAGAUCAGUUUAAAUAGAUCAGUUUAAAAUAGGACAGUUCAGAAGGCAGAAAGCCAUGUUUCAGUCAGUACAUAGUGCUGUGGAAAAACUCACUGCAUCAAGAAAUCUAGCAAGGCAAGGAGGAGUUCUUGAUACCUGGAUCUUUCUACAUGCAAGGAUUAGUUUUAAUAUAGAGUAACACUGACAAAUAAGCUGUUCUCCCCUUGCCCUUCAUUCCUUUUUCCUCUCGAAGAAUAAGGAACAGGGAAAGUUUAUUUCCCUCAAAGCCAAUAAAAUUCUUAAGAGGCAGAGCAUACUGAAAAGGAUUCUGGGCAGCCAAAUAUUAAGUUGUUAGAUUUCAGAAAAGGCAAAUUCUCAGUAAACUGUAUACACCCACCCGUUUCCACUUUGGAAAUGCCACACGGCCUGAUAAGGCCAAGGUGGUGCCCUGCCCUGCAGCACAAUCAGCAUUAGCCUUCCCACUGAAGCUUCUAUUAUAAGCAGGUCUAUUUAUUGCACUAUAUUAAGAAAUAUAUUUAUGCACUUGCUGUUAAAUGCAUUUUAUUUACUUAGAGAAGGAAUAUACAAAAUAACCAAGGCUGUAAGAGAAAAAUGUUUUUUAUAGACUUGCGAUACAGAAUAGUGCAGGAGGUUACACGUACCACACACCCUUAAUUUUAGAGCUGUUCUUGCAUUCUCAGACGUCUGUUUAUCUUUCGUUCUGAUUGGCUGAGUGUAUGUGCAUGCACUGACACAAACUGUUGCACCAUGGUGUACUUUCUGUAAAUUAUAAUGGAUUGUUUUCAAGACAGUUUCUAAUUAAAGAAUAUAUGCUUUCCCUUGUA